AUCAUUGGUACCCAGGCUCUGUCUCCUCCAGGAUGCUGUGACAAUGCAGCAGGGGGGAGGUGCUCCAUCUCCCUCCCCCUUGUUCUUCGGCAGAACUCAGUCUCUUCAUCCAGCAGUCACAGCUUCUCGAAUCAGGGCAGCGUCUUCGUAUCAGGAUGGGCCCCUGUGUCGUGUUGGUGGCUGUCACUGUCUGCUUGUCUGUCCCCAGCACCCUUGGCAAGCCUCUGGGGUUACUGACUCACGAUGACCUUGGAGCUCCCUUAAGAGUCAGAAGAAGCCUCCCAGCUAACAUCCCUUAUGAAGCUGAUAUGAUGUCCUACGUUUCACCAGAAGCUCUUCGCAAUGAACCACUAUAUGCUGACCUAAACCAGGCCAUGCUUGCCAGACUUGCUGCCUACCCUCAAGAAGAACUCCUUGCUCAGGCCUUGGAAAGAAUGGGCUCCCCCCGCAGAGUGGACCCUGCUCGGAAUGGUCCAUCUCUACAACAGCUGGUAGAGGAAGGCCAGAGGAGGGACAAGGAGACCAUCUAUCUGGCCAACCUUCUGCAUCUCUGGAAUCAGAUCAACCGGGACAAGGCCUACGCUGACCAGUUGCAAGCAUUUUCUGGCCCUGCUCAGCCUGAGGCAGACUACCAGAGACCAUACCAAGAUUAUGAUGAGACCGAGGUGGUGACCAGCCGGGCACGGCCACAGGUAUCCCGAAACCAAAUGGCCCAAGCUCUGCAGAGCUACUACCGACAAAACCGGGGGUUUGAAGGCCCCUCUUUACGGCUGCCACAGGAAGAGGGCAAUGAUGAUGGGUAUCCCAUGGAUGAAGAGAUGUUAAGGUACCUGGUCACACGGGUCCUAACAGCAAUGAGUGAAGCAGAAAUGCCUCAACGCUUAACCUCAAAGACACCUCGACGCAUGAGGCGCUCUCUGGAGGAUGACCACAGCGAAGACACCCCAGCCAACCUUCUACGUGUAAAACGCCUAGACACUGACAACCCUGACUACAUCUCCAAUGGGGUGCUGCACAGGAAAAAACCAGAGGGAGAACUCGACAACCAGAGAGGAUCCCAGCAUUUCACAGAUCAAAGGGUGACUGAGCAGCUUUUGAAAUAUUUUCCUGAAUAAUUCUAUACAAAAUUCCAGAUACAGUCCUCCACACCAUGCUCAUACCGGUCUCUGUACAUUCAUAUCUGUAUUACACAACCAUGCAGUGUAUUGUUUGCCCCACACACAUUCCCCUUUUCAAUUCCACCAUUUUAGCUCCAAGAUGGACUAACUAUGGCUAACAAUUGUUAAGGGACUACAUGCCACAAUAUGCCCUGCCAGCUAUUGACAUGUUGGCAUUUUUCCAUUCAUUAUCAAAAUCUACCACGUGUCCGUAUGCGACCAAAACCAUAACGUAAACUUAAAAAUUGAAAGUUCUGCUUAGUUUUAGACCUCUUUAAAGGUUACAGAGGCACCAUCACUGGACAGCAAAAUGGCCUUUCCUGAAGUCAAACCUCCUAGCAAAGUGCAACUCCGUCAGUGAGGCACACAGAGGAGGCUUUCCUUGUCUAGUUAAGAUGAUAAAAAUAAUCUUUUCAAGAAGAAUUGAAGAUUAGAAUGGCUGACAGUUUCACUUAAAUAAUGGGGUUUAAGGGUGCAUCUGCAGGUCCUCUCAGGCAACUAAAAUUAGAAAGUGUGGGUCAUUAAAAAAACAACCAUACAAGUUAUUUCUUCAAAAAAAGGAUGCCCUUUGUAACUCAAAUUGGCCAUGCUGGCUUUGUCAGUUUUGUGACAAUUUCAACCAGCUUCUCAUUAACAGAGAAAAGUACCUUACUACCCCUGUUUUGAUCCAUUUAAUUAGUUUGCAAAAGCUAGCUGGGCAUGCUUAAAUUUUCAACAA